AUGAUUGUGACGGCCCAGCAUCCGUCGGGACACUCCGGCACAUCGUUGUCUGCAAUGCGACACCAUACGCACUUGCGGGAAAAGGUGAUAUCUCUCCUGGGCCGCCUGCAGAGGAGUACGACUGCCGACAGCGAAAUAAAGUAUUCGGAAGAGAGACAUCAGACGUCGAAGCAGCUGCAGACGUCGGAGCAGCAGCAGCUGCUGCUGCUGCUGCUGCUGCUGCUGCUGAAAGGGACGCGAAACGCGUUGCAGGCCAAUCUUCAACGGCAUCAAUACUACAACACGGAGUGGUCGUAG